CUGCUUCCUCUUUUGUUUCAUACAUCCAGUAAGGCAGGCUGCCUGCAUCUGAGACAACAAGCAGGGAGGGAGCACACAAGCACAGCAGCUUCUACGCUCACUAGCAGGCAGGAAAGGGGCAGCAGCUAGGCUGCAGGGUCUGGGAUAAAUCACAGUCCACACAUAUAGCUCUCAGCUAUAGCUACAAGGGAUGCUACCCGUGACUGAUAGAUAGAUAGAUAGAUAGAUAGAUAGAUAGAUAGAUAGAUAGAUAGAUAGAUAGAUAGAUAGAUAGAUAGAUAGCACCAGCUGCUGCUGCUGAGGGAUCCUGCAUGGGAUAUGGAUGUGCCCUUCACUCCUAGCAAGGGCAAGGUGUGAUGUGGGCUCUGCAGCCCUGGUGAGCUGCUGCUGCUGCCGUUUCUGUGCCCACUUCGGCUCCUGCUGCUUCCUCCCCCACGUUCAGUCCUUUGCCUGCAGGGAGUGGCUGGGCGCACAGAGCAAGGGGCUGACUGCAGGGCUGGGCUGGGACUCCAAACAUCUGAUACCCUGGCUCCAGUGGAUGCUGACAUGUCAAGAGAUAUUUAAACAUGAACAUCACCAUUCAGUAGAGAGAAGCCUAACGGUUAAAUGUGAGAAGGAUUUGGGCUAAGAGGUGAAACUGCUAAAAAGCUGAAGCAAUCGUCACAAAUAUGCUGAAACCAAGUGGACUAAAAAUCCCAGGAAGGGGUGCCAAGCAUUCAAGCCCUGUGGGCAGAUCUUCAGCUGGAAGUGGUGUUACUGGCAGCACCAGCUCUAAAGAAGGUUCCCCUUUGCACAAACAAGGUUCUACUUCUUCAAUUGGUGCUGAGAAAUCAGGUUCAAAGUUCACUGAAGUGGGUGAUGAGUUCCUGGGAGACUUUGUGGUUGGGGAACGUGUAUGGGUAAAUGGAGUGAAGUCUGGAGUAGUGCAGUAUCUGGGAGAAACACAGUUUGCUCCAGGCCAGUGGGCAGGUGUUGUUUUAGAUGACCUAGUGGGAAAAAAUGAUGGCACUGUCGGUGGAGUGCGCUACUUUGAAUGUCAACCAUUACAAGGAAUAUUUACAAGGCCAUCCAAACUGACCCGGCUGCCUGUGCCGGAUGGUACAGGAAGUGAUUCUCACUCAGUGGAAUCUUUGACAACGCAGAACCUGUCUUUACACUCUGGAACUGCCACACCACCACUAAACACUCGGAUUGUGCCACUGCGGGAAAGUGUGCUAAACAGCACCAUGAAAACCGGAAAUGAGUCAGGAUCAAACCUUUCAGACAGUGGGUCAGUGAAAAAGGGUGACAAGGACCUACGCAUUGGAGAUCGUGUCCUGGUUGGCGGUACAAAGACGGGAGUAGUUCGUUAUGUUGGUGAGACAGAUUUUGCAAAAGGAGAAUGGUGUGGAGUUGAAUUGGAUGAACCCCUAGGCAAGAAUGAUGGAGCUGUUGCUGGUACCAGGUAUUUUCAGUGUCCACCAAAGUAUGGCCUUUUUGCUCCCAUUCAUAAGGUUAUCCGCAUUGGUUUCCCAUCCACCAGUCCAGCCAAAGCUAAGAAAAGCAAGAGGAUGGCCAUGGGAGUGUCUGCCCUGACUCACAGUCCCAGCAGCUCCUCCAUCAGCUCAGUGAGCUCAGUCGCAUCCUCUGUAGGAGGGAGACCCAGCAGGAGCGGACUGCUUACUGAAACAUCUUCACGCUAUGCACGAAAAAUCUCCGGUACAACUGCCCUGCAGGAGGCACUAAAGGAGAAGCAGCAACACAUUGAACAGCUACUGGCUGAGAGAGACCUGGAGCGAGCUGAGGUAGCGAAAGCCACCAGCCAUAUCUGUGAAGUGGAAAAGGAGCUGACACAUUUGAAAACCCAACAUGAGAAGUAUGUUGCAGAGGCAGAUGGGAAUCUCCAGAGGGCUUGUGCCAUGGUGGAAACCACACAGAAAGAGAAAGUUGAGCUGCUCAAUCAACUAGAAGAGGAACGAAGGAAGGUGGAAGACCUCCAGUUCAGAGUGGAAGAAGAGUCUAUCACAAAGGGAGACCUUGAGACACAGACCAAGUUGGAGCAUGCCCGAAUUCGGGAGCUCGAGCAGAACCUACUGUUUGAGAAGGCAAAAACUACAAAGCUUCUCAAAGAAUUAGAGGACAAGAGGCUAACAACAGUAGCAGAGCAGUCGAGGAUUCAGCAGCUGGAGGAGGAACUUAACCUUCGCCGCAAUGAGAUUGAAGAUCUUCAACACUGUUUGGUCAACACCAGUCAGUCAGAGUCAACAGAACCCAAUCUUGGACUUCAAACUGAAGCCUUGCGUUUACGGGACAAGCUUCUGUCUGCUAGCAAGGAGCACCAAAAGGAGAGCAGUCAGCAGAGAGAUAAGUAUGAGAAGAGCAUGAAAAGAUACCAACAAGAGGUGGAAAAAUUGAAGACACUGAAUGAGAAACAUACCCAGGAAAUUGUAGAGCUGAAGAGAAGACUGGAGCAGGCCACAAAAGAAAAUAUAGGGAUGAUGGACAACUGGAAGUCUAAAUUGGACAGUUUAGUUUCUGAUCACCAGAGGUCUUUGGAAAACUUGAAAGGUUCCCUGGUCACCAGUCCUGACUCCCAAUACAAAGAAAUAGUGGCACUUAAAGCCAGCUUAGAAAGCCUUAAAAUGGAACACCAGCUUGAACUUGAAAAUCUAAAGGCUAAGAAUGAGAUUGAAAUGGCAGUCUAUGUCAAAGAGAGGGAGAGUCUCAAAGAUAAACUUCAGGAGAUUCGGGAUGAAGUAGAGGAGGGCAAUAAUAACUGGAGAACACAGCUAGAAUCAAAAACCAAUCAACACCUCAAAGAGCUCCAGUGUAUUAAAGACAAAUGCAGAGAUGCAGAACAGCGAGUGUGUGAGCUAGAAAAGGCUCACGCCGAUUACAAUGACAAGACACAAGCCAUAGCCUUCUUAAAAGAGCAGAUUUCAACUGCUGAAAAGAAAAUGCAAGAUUACGAAGUGCUCCAGAAAGCAGAUGUAAGAAACAAGCAGGAGAUCCAAAGGCUACAGGAGAAAAGUCUGGUCUUGGAAAACAAAUUGCAGUCAAUGGAAGCUCUUCACCUGUCACAGAAUGCCAAUAUGAUUGAAGCAAAUGACUUUUCAGAAGAAAAAAUGAACAUGAAAACAAUAAUGGAAGAUCUGCAACUCAAACUUAACAAACGAGAAAAAGAAAUAUCAUCUAUGUCUGCUCAUAUCGAAUCACUUCGGGCUCAAAUAAAUGCAUUAGAAAGUAAAUGUAAAUCAGGAGACAAGAAGAUGGAUUCGUUAGUGAAGGACAAUAAAAAACUAGAAGUGGAAUUAGAGGCUUUUUCCAGGAAAUCCCAUGAUGCAUCAGGCCAGUUUGUCGUUAUAAGCCAGGAGUUGCUCAAAAAGGAGAGGAAUCUGAAUGAACUGAGAGCUCUGCUACUGGAAGCAAAUCGGCACUCUCCAGGACCAGAGAAAGACCUGAGCCGGGAAGUGCAUAAGGCAGACUGGAGAUCAAAAGAGCAGAAGUUAAAAGAGGAAAUCAAAGUACUUAGAGAAAAAUUAAUGGUUUUGGAUAAAGAGAAAUCAGUGUCAGACCAGAGGAGAUACUCAUUAAUAGACCCAUCCACGGAGUCAGAGGUUGUCCGGUUACAGCAACGUUUGUGCAGCACCGAAGAUGCACUUCGAAUAGCUCUAGACCAGGGUCAUCAAGUGGAGAAGUUAAUGGAGGCCAUGAGGAACUGUACUGAGAAAUCUCAGGUGGCUGGAAACUCAGGGUCUACCAACGGUAUACAUCAGCAGGACAAAGCACACCAACAAGAGGAAAACCAUUGAUGUCUAAUACUAGGAUUAAUGAAUACGUACUUUAAUAGUAUGGACAGAAUGUUUUUCUGUAGUGGGACUGACUUCUCAGAUAAAACAUGCAGUAUUCCCAUGUGACUAGCACUGGACAGUGUUGCUUUAUACCGUUACAUUCUCCCAGGACAAUCAUUAGGAAGCCACCACUCUGCACUGCAAAAAGCCUUUGGCUGGAAGUCCACUACCCAAGUUGUCCUUACUCAGAAUAUUGCAAUGAUCUUUCACGAACAAGAUAAUGUUACAUAAGCUGCCUGGACAGGACCUCCAUAUGGCCAGUUUAUAAAGUGACAUUCCCAACACAAUGAUUCUCUUCCUGUUGCGACUUGAGAAUAUGUAAACUGUGACAUUUGUAAAUGAAACUCUAAGGGCAAAAGCGAACACUAUCCUCAGUUUGGCUAUGACCGAUAAAAUGUUGCAAAGGAUGAAUUUAAUAAGGUUAUAUUUACUUACAUCAGGAACACAUUUACCUGCCCACUUUACCGGAGUGGGUGCUGAGUUGUUUUCCUACAAGACCCUGGAAAUGUGCUCUUGACUGAUUGGGCUUUAAUCAUGAGCCAUAAUUCAUCAUGCAUACUGUUUAUUAAUGCGAGCCAAUGUUUAAUUAAAGAGGUACAUAUAUUUCUUUUUUAUUGUAAAUGCUCUAUUUGAUUGUUAUCAUGGCCACAGCUAAAUCAUAAUCUACAAAAUGCAUAACAGUGUGUUAAAAUCAAGUUUAUUCAUGAGUAACUUCACAAAUGCGGUCAGUUAACUAGUCUAAUGAAUUUAUGCCUAAUAAUACUAAAUAUGUUGCUGAUUAAUCUUUUGACAGUUUUUAAGGUACUUUGUGUUAAAUUAUGUAAUUGAGUUUUUAACAUGUUUUAACAAUUUUAUGUAGCAUAAGUAACUUUUAAUUAAGAAUAUUUUACGUUAGAUAAACUUGAGCGUUCAAAACGUGAAAUUGUAAUAUAUGCCUUUUUAAAU